CCUAGACCAUAAAUUACUAUAUAUGGCAACUAGGCGAGUUUUCCCGCCCCCAUUAGCUCCCACGUUCCCACUUCUGGGCAGGAGCCACCCAGCCGGCUGCUGACUAAGGAUGUCGCGUCAACCGUCAACGCUCACACCCAGGCCCUUUUUCCCCAUUUGUUUGAUGAAACACGUCUCCGUCUCAUUCCACGUCUGCAAUUGGUGCAAUGGGUGCUCCCCCAUGCGCCAUCAAGGGGCCGUCCGCUGCAGGGGGUCGCUGGUGUUGUUGUCUGACAGACCUGGGGCCGACUUCUCCUCCUGCUGCCACUCUCUGAAAAUCUUUCCCUUCUAUAUCUCCUUGCCCAUCUUUCCAUUCCUUCCUUUGUUUGCUUUCUGCUUCUUCUGGUGUGCUGUCAUCGUCCCAGGUCCCCUCCCUUUGUCACCUUGUCUGAUUUCCUCAUCUCCCCCUCUCCCCAAGUGAACAACACCUCGACAUCGAUACGCCUGCACUCCUGCAACGGUCCCUUUCACCCCGUCAGACACUGCUGGACAGUUCAUCCCCAUUCCCCAUUCCCCUCGAGCUUUCCAUCUCGCCAUAACCACCACCGCCACCAUGGCGUCCACCCCGUCCACGGACAACUCCAAAUCCAUCAAGCCCGCCGAGAUUGAGGUCAC